AGGAACACAGAUUUUAAAAUAGGAAGAGAUGCAGGUGAUAAUUCACUCUCAUUUCUUCGUCUUGUUACUAUACUGCUGAUGCAAAAAAUUUUGUCUUCACCAGCUUUUCCAUUUUCAAACACAUCUCUAUCACUUUCUCUCUCCAAAACCAUCUCUCUCUCUCUCUCUCUCUCUAAUGAGAUUCAUAAUCAGUUAUUUUCAAAGCUGAAGAGAUUUGAAGAAUCACCUUUGUAAGGUUGGUUUUGAAGUCCUUAAGAUUUAGAUCUAAGAUACAAUGGUCGCAAAAAUCCGGCAAACUGCUACUGGCUCUCCCUCUCCCAGUCUAAAACCAGAGGUUGGAGAGAUUGACACCAGCCCACCUUUUCAGUCCGUUAAAGAUGCUGUGUCUCUAUUUGGUGAAGGUGCUUUCUCUGGGGAAAGACCUAUCCAUAAGAAACCAAAAGCUUAUUCUGCCGAGAGAGUUUUGGCCAAGGAGACGCAACUUCAUGUAGCCGAAAAAGAGCUGAACAAGUUAAAGGAACAAGUAAAGAAUGCUGAAACUACUAAGGCUCAAGCUCUUGUGGAGCUUGAAAGGGCCCAAAGGACAGUUGAUGAUUUGACACAGAAGCUAAAACUUAUUACUGAAUCUAGGGAGUCAGCAGUGAAGGCAACAGAAGCUGCAAAAAGUCAGGCAAAGCAAAAGUACGGCGAGUCUGAUGGAGUAAACGGUGCCUGGAAAGAAGAGUUAGAAAAUGCAGUUCAAAGGUAUGCAUCUAUCAUGACAGAACUUGAUGCUGCUAAGCAAGAUCUGAGAAAAACUCGUCAGGAAUACGAUUCAUCCUCGGAUGCUAGAGUGUCAGCUGUCAAGAGAACAGAAGAAGCUGAAAAUGCAAUGAAGGAAAACACAGAAAGAGUAUCUGAGCUGUCAAAAGAAAUUUCAGCUGUAAAGGAGUCAAUUGAGCAAACAAAGCUAGCAUAUGUGGAAUCGCAGCAACAGCAAGCAUUGGUAUUAACUGAAAAAGAUGCUCUUAGACAAUCCUACAAAGCUACCCUUGAACAAUCCAAAAAGAAAUUACUUGCUUUGAAAAAGGAAUUUAAUCCCGAAAUCACAAAAAGUCUUGAAGCACAGUUGGCCGAGACAAUGAAUGAAAUUGCGGCUCUGCAUACAGAACUGGAAAACAAAAGAUCGUCUGACUUGGACUCUGUGAAAACUGUUACUUCGGAGCUUGAUGGUGCGAAAGAAUCACUGCAGAAAGUAGUAGAUGAAGAAAACACUCUUCGAAGCUUGGUAGAGACUCUGAAGGUGGAACUAGAGAAUGUAAAGAAAGAACAUUCUGAAUUGAAGGAAAAAGAGUCCGAAUUGGAAUCCACAGUUGGGAAUCUGCAUGUCAAACUCCGCAAAAGUAAGUCUGAGCUUGAAGCCUGUUCGGCCGAUGAAUCUAAGGUUAGAGGUGCAUCUGAGGAAAUGAUCUUGACGCUGAGUCGGUUAACAUCCGAAACUGAAGAAGCACGGCGGGAAGUAGAAGAUAUGAAGAACAAGACAGACGAGUUAAAGAAAGAAGCCGAAGCUACCAAGCUUGCAUUAGAAGAAGCAGAGAAAAAACUGAAAGAGGCAACGGAAGAAGCAGAAGCAGCAAAAGCAGCUGAAGCUAGUGCAAUCGAGCAGAUUACAGUGCUAACCGAAAGGACUAGCGCAAGACGUGCAUCUACAUCGUCAGAAUCUGGUGCUGCAAUGACAAUAUCGACGGAGGAGUUCGAGUCGCUAAAACGGAAAGUCGAGGAAUCCGAUAAAUUAGCUGACAUGAAAGUGGAUGCUGCCAAAGCACAGGUAGAAGCUGUGAAGGCUAGCGAAAACGAGGUUUUGAAAAAGUUGGAGGCAACUCAGAAGGAGAUUGAAGAUAUGAAAACUGCAACACAGGAGGCCUUGAAAAAGGCCGAGAUGGCCGAAGCAGCAAAGAGGGCAGUUGAGGGUGAGCUUCGAAGGUGGCGGGAGCGAGAACAGAAAAAAGCGGCAGAAGCUGCAGCUCGGAUACUAGCCGAAACACAGAUGUCAUCGCAAUCAUCUCCUCAGCAUUAUAGGAUUCAAAAGCAGAAUGUUCCACCUCCUCGUACAACACUGGAAGUGAAGAAGUUAGAUAAAGAGAAGAUUUCGGUUUCGAAGAAAAUCAACAUUAGUGGUAUCUUUCAGAGGAAGAAAAGUAAUAUUGUUGAGGAUGGAUCUGCUUCUUAUUUGCCUGGUGAGAAUCCUGUAUAGUUUGUUGUGAAGCUCUUGUGAAUGUGAGAGAAAAGAUGUUUGAUGAUUUGUGUGUAGUUGAGGAAUUUUAUUAGAUUUUGUUAAUGAAGUGUGCUGGAAGGAAAGUUUAAUUGUAUGGUGUUAAUAGUUUGGUGACAAAUUAUGGGACAUGCAUUAUAUGUAAAUGGAACCAGUAGAAAAAUUUAAAUCUAUUGGUAAAAUCUAUUUGUUUGUAUUUCUUUUUCUGUUGAUAUUAAGCUAUCAUGACUGGUA